AUUUACUACACGUUGUUGUGUUGGGACACAUUGAGCUUCUGAUCUAAACUCGGACCCUCCAGUUUACCUUCUGUUUUACCUUAUGGCGUUGGUGCCUUAUGAUGAGAACGUCCUGCCUCCUCUCCUCAAACUCCACUCAACUUCAGCCGAGUUCUCGUUUGCCAAUCGCCAAAUCCGAUUAGUUCAAGACUGGAGCAGACUGGGUGUGGCUGCCGUCGUCUGGGAUGCGGCGGUGGUCAUGUGCAUGUACCUGGAACUGGGUCACGUGGAUCUGAAGGGCAAAACUGCCAUCGAGCUUGGAGCGGGCACAGGACUAGUGGGCAUUGUUGCAGCGCUACUUGGAGCUGAUAUAACGAUCACAGACCGGAGGCCAGCACUCGAGUUACUGGAGGCUAAUGUAAAAGAAAACGUUCCUUCCCACCGGCGCGUGGCGGUUCAGGUAUCCGAGCUCACCUGGGGAGAGGGAUUAGCACCCUACCCCUCGGGAGGUUACGACCUCAUCCUGGGAGCGGACAUCGUUUACCUGGAGGAGACGUUCUCCGCCCUGCUGCGCACUCUGGAAUAUCUGAGUUCGGAAAACACGGAGGUCCUGUUGUCGUGUCGAAUUCGGUACGAGCGAGACGAGCGCUUUCUGAGCAUGCUGGGUAAACGCUUCUCAGUGCAGGAGGUUUAUUACGAUUCACAGAGGGACGUUCACAUCUACAGAGCUGUGAAACUGAAGAUCAAGACUGAACUGUAAAGAUGCAAAACCAUUUAAUAUAAUGAUCACGGUGGCUCGGUGGGUAGCACUGUUGAUUCCUAGGUGGGGCGGUCUGGGUCCUUUCUGUGUGGAGUUUGCAUGUUCUCCCUGUUUCCGCGUGGGUUUCCUCCCACAGUCCAAAGACGUGCAAGUGAGGUGAACUGGAGUUACAAAAUUGUCCAUGACUGUCUGAUAUUAAACUUGAACUGAUGAAUCUUGUGUAAGCAGUAACUACCUGUGCUGUCAGGAAUGUAACCACAGUGUGUAAAACAUGACGAUAAAAUGCUGAUUAAUAAAUAAAUAAAUAAAUUCA